CGAACAUAGCUGAAAAAUCAAAGAAGAAGAGAAGAGCAGAGCAAGAUGGAUCUUAAUGGGUUAGCGAUGGAUGUUGAUGGGAACAAUUUGGGCACUUGUUUAGCUAGCUUCGUUGAUGAUGGUACAGUUGAAAGUCACAGAUACUUUCUUGCUCGCAGAACCAUACUCGAAAUGCUUAAAGAUCGUGGUUUUGCAAUACCCAAUUCAGAAAUCGACACUACACUUCAAGAAUUCAGAGAAAAAUAUGGUCAAACACCUGAUGUUGAGCGCCUAAGAGUUUCCGCAAUGCACAGGAAUGACCUAACCAAUAAGGUUUUGGUCAUCUUCUGUGGGCCAAAUGCCGUGAAAGUGAAUGUCAUCCGCAGCAUUUUAACUCAAAUAAUGAACAAGGAAUCUUUGAGUCGGCUGAUAUUGGUCAUUCAAAAUCAAAUGACUAAUCCAGCUAUGAAAGCUGUGGAGCUUUUCUCAUUUAAAGUUGAAAUUUUCCAGAUCACAGAUUUACUUGUCAACAUCACAAAACAUGUUUUAAAGCCAAGGCAUGAGUUGUUGACCGACACUGAGAAGGAGAAGCUGUUGAAGAAGUACAACUUGGAAGAGAAGCAGCUGCCGCGGAUGUCCCAGAAGGAUGCAAUUGCUCGGUACUAUGGACUUGAGAAGGGACAGGUGGUGAAGGUCACAUACAGCAGUGAAAUCAUCGAGACACAUGUUACUUAUCGCUGUGUCUGGUGAUGCAACUAUGUAAAUCUAUCCUAUGUAAGAAGUGUUGUUCUGUCGUACGAUUGAAUGAGUCUGCAGCAAGCAGCCUAGCUAACUUACCAUAUCUUGGUUCUGUUAACAACAGGCUAUUUAAACUUUUUCCUGAACUCCCUCUUCCUCAACCCCUGGGGUUCCUCCCUUCUCAACCUUAGUUCAAAUGAAGAGCUUGUAGGUAAUAUUUUAGUA